CCACAAUAGACGGUACACAGUCUCUCGGGCAAAAAGCGAUAAUGUCAGGCAAAGAACCAGUUCACGAACACAGGGAGGACGAGGAGGCGCAUGCUGCUGAUGAUGAGGACACCGGCGCUCAGGUUGCCCCCAUCGUCAAGCUAGAAGAGGUCAACGUCUCCACCGGCGAGGAGAAUGAAGAUCCAAUCCUCGACAUGAAAUCAAAGCUUUAUCGAUUCGAUAAGGAUGGGAAUCAGUGGAAAGAACGAGGCGCUGGUACUGUGAAGCUGUUGAAGCACAAAGACACCGGCAAGGUUCGCCUCAUUAUGAGGCAAUCCAAAACGCUCAAGAUCUGCGCUAACCAUCUUGUGCUGCCGACAAUGACAGUGCAGGAGCAUGCUGGGAAUGAUAAGUCAUGCGUGUGGCACGCGACUGACUUUGCCGACGGUGAAUUGAAGGAUGAACUCUUCUGUAUUCGUUUUGGAUCUGUUGAGAAUUGCAAAACCUUUAUGGAAACAUUCCAAGAAGUUGCUGAAUCUGCUGAAUCUCAAAAGAGCAGAGAGGAAAACAAAGAUGCAACUGCAGCUGCGGGACUUCUUGAGAAGUUGAGUGUUGAGGAGAAGAAAACCGAAGAUAAAACUGACGAUAAAUCUGGGGAGGAGAAGCCUGAUGUAGUAAAGGAGGAAAAGGAUGCAAAGGAUGAUGUAGUUAAGGUUGAUACAGAGAAGAAAGAGGAGCCAUCUUCCAAGUAAGAUCGGUUCUGUUCUGAGUGCUGCAUACUCAUGACAAUAUAGUGGUGUCAGUUGUCCAAUCUCAUGUCCUAGAAGGCUAGAACAUCCCGCGGCGUAAUCAUGCUGGUGUAACCAUAUUUUGGGUCAUUUUGUGGGCCGGGACAGCUGUGGUCUUUGGUGUCCUGUCUGGGUGCUAUAGUCAAUGUUGGGUUAAGAUUAUAUUUACUAUGUUUACAUAUUUUUUACAGAUUGAAAGAAGUGGCGCAGGCUUCAGUUAUUAUCUAGGGUUUAUAUAUAUAUAUAUAUAUAUAUAUAUAAAGAUUACAACUUUGGUUGGUCGGUGCUUGCAUCAAAAACCCAGUGUAGAAGGUAAUAAUAUUUUUGGGGUAUAAAUUUGUGAAGUUGUG